AUGAAAAAAAAAAAUGAAUAUAUUAACUAUUCUUCGCCAAUAAAGGGAAACGUGAAAUAUUGUGAAAAGACUUCGAAAAGUGAGAUAAUAAAUCGAAGACAUAAAAUAGAUAAAGAGGGGUAUUUUGAAAGUUUUAAUCUUUGUAUUGAUAAUAAAAAAAGAGAAUGCAACCCUUAUAUGAUAUCGAAUUCUUUUAUAUACAAUAAAGCGAGCAUUAUAAGUUCUAGUCGAAAUGAGAAAAAUGAUAUAGCAUCAUGGAAAUCGAAAGUACAAAAUGUUGUUAGUAUGGAUUUGAUAUAUGAUAAUGGCGAUUCAUUGAGUAGCUCCAACAAGAUAUUGACAAUUUCUCCAAGGGAUAUCGAUUUAGAAGAAAAUUUGAUUACUAAAUGUGAAGAAAAUAUAAUAAAUAAUGAUAAGAUAAACAGUAAACUAGUUGAUAUUACAAUUUUAAAAAACAUUUUAAAUAUAUAUUUUUUAUUUGAUAAAGGCAAUGAGGGAUAUAUUAAUCAGGAAUAUGCAUGUUAUGUGAUUAAAAUGAUUUAUGAAAAUGAUAGAAACUUCAUGAUAAAAAAUGUUAUAUUAAAUGGUAAUGAAAUAAAUAAAAAAAUGAAUAAGAUAUUUAGAAAAGAAAUUGAAAAAAGUGAAGUAUUUUUUUGUACAAAACAAUUUGCUAGCUUUUUAUUAGCUAUUUUGCUAAAAGUAUCAAUUUUUCAAAAAAAAGACAAUAUUAUAAGAAAAAUAUUUUUCAUUAACAUCAUAAAAGAGUUUGUGGAUGCAUGCAAUCAAAAUGAUAGUAAUGAUUUAUUUGGAAUGUUUAAAUAUCCUAGAAACAUAAUAAGGAAAUUUUAUGAUUAUGUAUAUUAUUUAAAAAAUAUAAAUGAUAAAGAAAAAAUGAAAAAAUCUAGAAUAAAAAAAAAAAAUAAACAAUUAGAAAACAUAUGUUUUUUAGAUGGUAAUUUAGUUAAUGCUAGCUUGGAUACGCAUAUAAACUAUUUCAAAGAACAAACCAAAAAAAAACUCAAAAAAAUAAAAAUAUAUAUAGAUAAGAAAGAAAUGACAGAAUGCACAUUUUCUCCAUCUACUAAUAAAAAGCCAGUAUAUUUAUUAAAACAAAAAUUCCAAGAAAAUAUUGAUAACAUAUAUAGAACAAAAGAAAUUAUUAAUAAAAUAUAUGCUCCCAUAAAUACUAAAUAUGACAUAGAUAAUUCAAUUGAAAGAACAAUGCUUUUACCUAAUAAUUCAUGCUUGAAAGACUUAGAUUCAAGCACAUAUAAUGAAAAAGAUAAAUAUAAUAUAAAUAUAGAAAAUAAUGAUACCCCAUUAGUACAAAUAAAAUAUAUAAUUCACCAAGGAUAUAAAUCGCCUAACAAUAUUUCAUGGUAUGAUACAUUGCGGAAUGCAUAG